GAGUGUUGCUGCCCGUGCGCCUGCCGAGCCCGCCCGCGCCGCGCUCCUGUGAGGGCCGCUCCGCUCCUGCCGCCUCUCUCAGCACAGUGCCAGUCCCGCCGCCAAUGCGGCCUACCCGCGGCCUGUGUCGCCGCUGGUUCCGCCUCUCCGCGUGGUGCAGAGCCGUGCCCGCCCGCCUGCUCGGCUCGGCUCGGUGUCCGGAACCUCCGUGCUAUUAAAGAUAUGUGUGAGCCACUGCGUUAGUGUCGUGUCUCUUCGGUAUAGCGUGUGCCGGCCCUCGGUGGCGGGCGGAGGCCCUGCACCCGACAGCAGAACGGUGCCGCUCCGACCUGUUUGGGGCAGAACGGCAGCGGCGUGAGCCGGGUCCUCGUUUUGUCCCGCUCGUAGUUCCGGGUACUCGGGGUCGGUGUUUUCCGCUGGCACAGCUGCGUCCUGGUCACCAGACUAAACUCGGUGCUGGUCUAUGGAAAAGCGAACUUGUUAACUUGAGGAUGUUUGCACAGCUACCGUUAAAAUCGCUAAAGGGGAGAAAACGUCCCAAAAUGCUUGAAAUAAACUUGCAAUAUUUUGUUAUUUUCCAGGGUUUGGGUGUAGAAGAUUUUUUCCCGUGAUCUCCUGAAGUGGCCUGCUAUACCUAUUGAGCAAGAGGAGGAGCCCUUCAUCAUUCCAGAUGUACAUGGACCUGACAGGAGGAGCCAUUGUUUGACCUGAGCUUCUGGAGAGGAUAGAUCAAAGAAUAAAUCCUGAAGUACACGUGUGAAUCCACAGCCCAGGGGUAGAUAGGCUCCAAGUUGCUUCUGUCAAAUACUGCUGACUGUUCCUUCACUGUCUUUCAGACUAUUCACUUUCCAGAAUGUUUGUUGGAGAUGAAGAUGCUGAGGCUAUUAAAAUGUAUGAAGAUGAACUUUAUCACGAGGAGUCAUCCAGUGAUGGCAUUGACAGUGAGGUGGAAUUUCAUCUCUACAGCCAGGUCCAUUAUUCCCAGAAUCUUGAGGAAACUGGCAUGAUGGAAAUGGAUGAGGAAGCUGAAGUUUCAGGCUUUUCAGGAGUUACUGGUCAUAGUUCAGUUCUAACUGAGAAACAGCAUGCAAACAAGAACAUCACUGAGUCUGUGCCUUGUAUUCAAGUUUCAGAUGACUCUGAGAUCAUUGUCUUGUCUGAUACAUCAGAUGAAGACAGUGUUUACAAAAGCAAAGCAAUGAAGUCAAGAAGCUUUGUAGCUCAAGGCAAAAUACAUAUGCAUUCAAGAUCUUCCACGCCGUAUCACGCCAAAGCUGCUGGAUGUAAUACCCUGUAUCCUGCUGGGUCAGGCAUAGACAUUUCAAGGCAAAUGAAAAGCACUAGUGGGAAGCAUAACCCGGUUAGUUCUGCUGGAGCUCAUGCCAUCCAAGAAGUGCUGGUGAUAGAUGAUAGCUCAGAGGAGGAGAGUUUGGCAUCUGAAAGUGAUAAUGUCGAGAGCUGGAUGCUUCUGGGAGCAAGCGCAGAUGACAGAGAUGAAAAUAUAUUGUUGAACCUUGAAGACUGUGCAAGUCCUGUCAGUGAAGGAGAAGAUGAUGUGGACUGGUCCAUCUGUAAUAAAGACUUAGAGGCACAGAUUUCUAACUAUGGGAGUGUGAGGCAUACCACUGUGCGGUACUACACAGCUGCUAAAAAUGUUACCUGCAGAAAUUGCAGCAGACCAGGCCAUUUGUCCAAGAACUGCCCUACUCCAAAGAAAGUUCCUGCUUGUUGCCUGUGUGCAGAAAGAGGUCAUCUACAAAACAGUUGCCCAGCACGUUUUUGCUUAAACUGCUCUUUGCCUGGCCACUAUUUCAAGGAAUGUAUUGAGAGACCCUAUUGGAAUAAACACUGCAGUCGCUGUGAUAUGAAGGGGCAUUAUGCUGAUGCUUGCCCAGAAAUAUGGAGGCAGUAUCACCUAACAACAAAGCCAGGACCCAUCAAGGCAGCCAGUUCUCACUCUGAGCGCUCUGCUGUAGUGUACUGCUACAACUGUUCCCAGAAAGGACAUUUUGGAUAUGAGUGCUCAGAAAGGCGGAUGCAUGGAAGCAUGUUCCCUUCUUCUCCAUUCAUCUGCUACUAUGAUGAUGAAUACGAUCUCAAGAGAAGGGCGAACAGAUUAAAAAGAAAGGUUGCAGAACUAUAUGAAGCUGGCCUUCUGCCUGAAAAGCCAGAGACACCAUGGCAGGAGGAGGAACAUGAAGGGCACAGCCAUAAGAAAAAGAACAAGCCUUGGAAAGAACAUCGGAAACAUAACAAAGAUGGCAAGUGUCACAAAAGGGUGAAGAUGUCCCAGGCAGAGAAACACAGAGAAGAGAAACACAGGAGUGAUGUUGAAAUCAGCCGCAACCUGGAAGAGGACUUCCCUAGAGGGUGUAAAAGGCAGGCAUGUAAGGGCAGCAAAAUCCAUCACAAGUUCAUUUUCAAGGCAUUCUCAGGCAGCAAGACUGCUUACACGCAGGAGCCUCUGAAAGGUGCUAAAAGAAAGAAGAAAUGGAAAAAGCGGAAAGAUGCUAGUGCUGGUAACACAGAGAAUUUAUUCCUCAUAAAACAGAAGAAGAAGAGGUCUUCUUCCUGGUGAUGAGGAAGUAGAUAAGUAGCACUGGCAUUUACUGACUCCAGUUCCUCUUCUCUUUAUUUUUGUCCCUCUCUUAGUACACUGAAUUUGAGUCCACCCCUGAACCCACAUGGGCAUGCCCAGGCACAAGUCACACCCUGAAUCCUGUUCCCAGAAGGGAAUGCUCUGUCUGUCAUGAACUGGCCACUUGACAGGUAGCCUUAGUGCUUGUGCCUGGAGUGGCAGUACUUUUCAGCAGUCCCAGUAUAGGCUAUAAGUUUGUUUUCAUUGCUUGGGUAAAAGGGAGGUAAAAGGGGCUGUGCUUGGUUUGGUAGCUUUUUUUUUUUUUUUAUCAGUGAGGUGUUGCUCUGCCUGCCAGAGCAGGAUGUGUUGCUAGGGAACACAGUGCCUUUGGAGCUGAUGGUGGAGAGACUCUCAUGUUAGGAGAAGCUGGAAUGCAGACCAGGGAUGUGGAUAUAAAGCAUAUUUCCUGCAGCCACUCAGUAUUUUCCAGCUUGCAGCUGGGCACUGUUUCACUUCAGUCCAUCCCAGAAUGAGGGUGUUGCAAAGUCAUUGGCUUGCACUUUGGGAUUUGACAGUCUUCUGCCUCAUG